AUGCUGAGCAAGGCGAUACGAUGCCUGGGUUUCUUCGCACUCCUGGUAGCCACGGGGGCCAACUGGGAAGCAGACCCCCUCUGCCCUGCCAGGUACAAGCUCAACUGCCUGCUGCGCCGACGGCUGGGCUGUGGGCCUGAGGGGGCGCCCAGCUGCGGCCCCUGCUUUCCCAAUUAUGAGGAGGACUCCGGCGGUGACUGCGUGCCAAAGAAGGUCCCCAAGCAAGAAAGCAAACCAAAAACCCAGAAGAGGCCCAAAGACUUGCCUGGUCUCAUCCGUUCGCUCCUGGCCAAGCACGAGAAGGGGUUGCGACAACCCAGCACAGAGACCAUCCCUCCUGGUAUGACUGGGAUGUUUGAAUCUCCCGCCUCCUCCCCGCCUCCCCGCUCUCCAACCACUUUCCCCACUUCUGGCCCCACCAACGCCUCCUAUUCUGCAACCAGCGUGCCGGCUUCUUCUGAGUCGUAUGAAAACACCCCGGUCUCAACCACCAUAGCCCCAAGGAGGGUGAAUCUGGAUUUCAAGCAACGAUCCCGACCCCCAGCUACCAGUCUGAACAAAGCGGUGACCCUCACUCUUGUGGUGAUGUGCACCGUGACUGGAGUCUCUGGGCUGGUGGUUGCUGCCAUUUGCUGGUACAGGCUACAGAAAGAGGUGCACUUGGCUCAGAAGAUGGCAUACACCGCCACGCGGGGGAACCAGUACCGAUACCACCAGCCCAGUGCAUACAUGGACUCUAGGCUAGCUCAGUCCUGCCAGGUGCACCAUUAUCAACAUCAGAAGAAGCUGCUCACCGGGGAGGAUAGAGAAUCGCCAAAACCUGUAGCUCAGCUGUCCACAGAAUCAGAGACUGAAAGCGGAGACUACACCGUGUACGAGUGUCCAGGACUGGCCCCGAGCGGUGAGAUGGAGAUCCACAACCCUCUCUUCGACACUUCCACCCUUCACCGAUGUCCUCCCUAAGCUCAGCCUCUCUUUUCCUCUUUCGUCUUGCCUGCAUCAGACACCUCCUGGAUUAAUGUAGGAAAGGUUCAGAGACUCACAAAAAGCUUCUGUACCCAUUAGGUGCUGCUUGUCUAUCUCGAAAACAGCAGCUGCAUCAUUCCUUCAGUCGCCUCCUAUCAACCCACCCUAAUCCUAUGGGAAUAAUUUAACACUGGAAAAAUGGCUAUCAGGAAAUAUUGAUCACAGAUCUGCUUCAGCCCUCGACAAUGAGCCCACAUUCCUGAUAUCUCUGUCGUUGUUAGAAACCCUUUUUCUAUCCUUCUCACUGAACACAUUCCCCUAUCCAGUCCAGUGAGGGAAAUCUAUAGAAGCAGAAGCACCUUCCUCCUGCCCAGGUGAUGUGGAUGCAUAUGCACAGGCAGAAGUGUAUUGGCCCCAGGUGUGUGGCUGCCUUGGAGCUG